CAAGGCUCAGGUGUGAGAGAGCAUAACGCCAGUCACAUCCUCGGCUUCACUUUCAGAACCUCCUGAACCUCACACCUUGAGUCCACCGAAAGUUACACGCGCAUUACGCGGAUCGCACCCAUGAUUAUCUACAAACCUAGUUGGAUUACCCAUGGUGAUCACGCUCUCGGAUCCAAAGGCAAGAAGCCUUGUAUUUACUCCAUUCAUGUUCAUCCAGAUGGCAGUCGAUUGGCCACUGGUGGUCUAGAUGCUACCGUGAAAAUAUGGAAUACCCAACCGGUCCUGGACGAACGCGCCGAGAUGGAUACCAAUUGUCAUAAAUUGCUUUGCACCAUGACAAUGCACAAUGGCGCCGUAUUAUGCGUUCGUUGGUCCAACGAUGGUCGUUAUCUAGCGUCGAGCUCUGAUAAUGAUAAUGUUAUCAUUAUCUGGGAAUUGGACAAGGAAGCAGGAAGUGGCUCCGUAUUUGGAUCAUCUGAAGUCAAUCGCGAGACCUGGCGACCCGUGAAAUAUUUGCGCGGUCAUGAUUCAGAUGUGCAAGAUCUUGCCUGGUCAAAAGACAAUCAAUACCUCGCAUCCUGCGGUGUCGAUGGUUAUGUCAUUGUAUGGGAUGCGCAGACUUUUGAACAAGUGAAAAAGAUCGAUCAGCACGGUGGGUUCGUCAAAGGCGUCACGUGGGAUCCAGUCGGAAAGUACCUUGCCUCGCAGUCGGAUGAUAAAAUGGUGAAAAUUUGGCGAACCUCGGAUUGGGAACUGGAGAAGGAUAUCAAGGGACCUUUCAUCAAUGCCCCAGGCACCACAUUGUAUCGGCGAUUAAGCUGGUCGCCUAAUGGAUCUCACAUUGCUGCAGCCAAUGCUGUAAACGGUAUUCAGUGUGUAGCUGCCGUCAUCAGCAGAGACGAUUGGGCAGCCGACAUUUCCUUUGUCGGACAUCAGUUACCUAUUGAAGUGACGUGCUUUAAUCCAAAACUGUUUCGCACUUCAUCAGGAAAGAGCGAUACAGACAAUGCUUCUGAUGACGAUACCUGGGCUUCUAUUUGUGCUUUAGGAGGACAAGACCGCAGCAUCUCUAUAUGGCUCACAAAGUAUUGCAGACCGCUGUGCGUAGCCGCCGAUGUCUUUGAUAACAAUGUCUAUGAUUUAGCUUGGACACCCGACGGUAAAAAUCUGUUUGCCUGCUCUCAGGACGGCACAGUGGCGUGUCUUCAAUUAGGCGAAGAGCUUCGGGAAGUAGCCCCCGAGGAAGAAAUGCUUAAGCAACUAUCAAGAUACGGUUAUGGCCGACGUAAUGCACAGUUGCCGGAAACGCCUGGCCAACUGACACUGGAAGAUGAACAUGCUAUUUCCAGCAAAGCCUUAUCUUCAAAAAGAAUAGCGGAUUUGAUGGGCGUGAAUACAACACCUUCCUCAUCGCAAUCACCUACCCCCAUGGAUGUCGAUGCGAAACCGACCUCUUCACCUGUCAACGAAACCGGCAAUACUCCUACUGUUGCUUCAUCAUCGCUAUCUGUCUCACAACCACGACCGGCAGAUGCGGAUUUCACAUCGUCUUCCGGGAGUGCACCAGUCACCCCUCUUCAACAAAAAGUCACCAUUGGCAAAGAUGGAAAACGGCGUAUUCAGCCUAUUAUGAUCCGAAGCGGUACUUCCUCUUCAUCUAAUCAGUCAUCAGCUCAAAGUAGAUCCUAUCAAUCGAUGCAGGCAUCGCAAGGAACAGGAGCAAAUCCAUCCAAUCAAACGAAUAGCAUGGCAACCACUUCAGCAGUAUCAAGCUUAGAACGAGUGGACUAUGAUGAUCCUGCCGUAUCUCUUCCAACCACCGGCUUAAAAGCCACAGUCGUAGGCAAUAAGCGGAAGGCGGAGGCGACAGAAAGCGACGGCACGGUUUCUGCAGAGGUCUCUGGCACUGCACCUGCGAAUCCGCGUGAAAGACCCGAAUGGAUCGAUGCCGCAGUAAUUCCUCCUGUCGUUCUUUUACCCAGUCAAGUCAAAUUGGGUGCACCCAAGGUCAAAUCGACCUUUAUUCGAAAAACAUCUCCGACAGAGUCUAAUACCGUCAUGGAAUGCCAUAAUCCGAGAGAUAAAGAUUAUGCCAAAUUGGUUGUGAGUCGUCAUGGAUCCAUCUUAUGGACAGAUUAUUUGCCAAGCGCGAUAUUACUGAUGACCGGCAACUCUUUAUUCUGUGCUGCUGGAUGUGAGGAUGGUACAUUACACGUUUACUCUCCAGCUGGUCGAAGGUUAAUGCCUCCCGUAAUACUUGAGAGUACACCGGUCAUCCUCCAAUGCAAUGAGCAGUGGCUGCUGUGCCUCACAUUAACCGGACUUAUAUACACAUGGGAUAUUCCUCGAGAGCAGAGUUGUUUGGAUGGCAUAUCAGUGGCUCCGCUGUUAAGGGUCGCUCAGUUACCUUCCAAUGGACCACAAAAAGCACCUACCAUUAAGGAUGCUCGAGUGCAAAAGAAUGGAUCGGUCUUACUAGUCACAAGCUAUCGUCAAGCGUUCACUUAUCAUGGAGGCAUGAAGGCUUGGGUUCGCGUCAGCGACGCUUGGUAUAUCAUCUCAGAGUUCUGGGGUUCAGAAAGUCGGCCUGGUCAUGAUCGAUUACAACAUCCCCUUGGCUGGCUCUCUUUGGCUGUUAUGCGUGGCCCGGGCCGUGAUCCGACCAGUAAAUCGUUGUCGAGCCUUUCCAACAGUGAUAAAGACAUUAUAGGCACCAUCACAAUAAGUCACAUUGAAAUCCAGUUGGCGGUGGCGGCUUUGUUGGAAUCGCCGGAAGAAUACAGAGAAUGGCUCAUAUUUUAUGCAAGACGAUUAUCCAAAGAAAAUGCACAAGGAAAAGUGGAAGAACUGUGUCGAUGGCUUGCUGGACCACCAUUCAUUCAUGCCGAUAGUGACUCUCCAUGGGAGUCUACAAUUUUGGACCGUCUUUCGAAACAUGAGCUGCUAAAGCAAUUAUUACCGAUACUAGGUCAAAAUCGACAGUUACAGCGAAUACUGAAUGAUUAUUCAACUUUUAUUGGAGGAUAAUGGCAGUCAUCAUCUGGACAGCCGUAUCCUCACCAACUGCAUGCGUUGAUUAUAGCUAUCAACAAGGCAAUUUCUCCAAAUGUAUCAUAAUUGGCAAUAAAACCAGCAAAUGCAAAAGGC